GCUUGCUCAGGUUCUUCCUUGUAAAGCUCAACGGAGUUAUUUCUCGGUAACUGAAUAAAAGGGAAACUCUUUAUUGUAUGUGUAUUAUAUAAUAUAAACAGAGAGAAAGUUAGGGUUAGUGUUUGAAAAUUUGAGUCAAAAUUCAGGGAAGUGGAGAGGGGUUUAGUUUAGAGAAUUUUGCUAUUAGAAGGAAUUAGGAUUAGAAUUUGUGUAUGUAUUUAUAAUUUUUUUCUUGGUUUUGUUUGGGAAGCGUGAAAAUUUGGGGUGAAAGUGAACUCAUGCUCGAGAAAUGGAUACGGUCAAUCCGCAGCCACUACAAGCGAGACCGUUUGUAGCAGAAGAAGGAGGCCAAAUCGUGCAGUUUACUGUACCGGGAGAAAGCAAUGAAGUUGGUUUUGAUGUUGCUGUUGGUGGAGGUGGAGGUGGAGGUCGAAUCGAUUCUAUGAAUGGAGGAGUUGGAAUUGGAGAUGCUCCGAGGGACUUUGCAAUGGCUGCCUAUCGAAAUUCGGCUAUGCCUUCUCGGACUAGUGAGCUCACCAUUGCGUUCGAGGGCGAAGUCUACGUUUUCCCGGCGGUAACACCAGAGAAGGUGCAAGCAGUGCUGCUACUAUUGGGAGGGUGUGAUGUACCCAGCUGCGCUCCUAGCUCUGAAUUUAUAGUAGAGAAGAAUAGCAGGGUUACGAGUGACCUGACUCGAAGUUCCAAAAUUUCACGAAGAAUUGCAUCCCUUGUGAGGUUCCGGGAAAAGAGAAAGGAAAGAUGUUUCGAAAAGAAAAUUUUAUAUAGUUGUCGGAAAGAGGUUGCCCAGAGGAUGCAUCGCAAGAAUGGACAGUUUGCAUCAUCAAAAGAGUCAUCAUGCAAAACGGAUGUAGGAAACUGGGAUUCAAGUGACGGCACUCCUUGUGCAGAAUCUGUAUUACGUAGAUGCCAGCAUUGUGGGAUCAGUGAAAAGUGUACUCCUGCAAUGCGGCGGGGGCCCGGUGGUCCAAGAUCACUUUGCAAUGCUUGUGGACUCAUGUGGGCAAACAAGGGAACUCUGAGAGAUCUUUCAAAAUCAGGAAGGGCUGUUACUUUUUAUCAAAAUGAGACGGAAACUACAGCUGAUAUUAAGCCUUUAGCUGUGGAGGCAGAAAACUCCUUUCACGAACAGGAUGAUCAGGGAAGCCCGGAUGAGAUUAAGCCUGUCUCAUUGGAUUCUGAAAAUCCAUCCUUAAGGCUGAGCGAUCAGGAUUUGCAGGACCUUCAGGACAUGCGGGAAAUACAGGGAACUAAUGCUGAAGGAGUAACUGAUCAUGUGUCGAUUCAAGUAGAGAAUUCAUCAGUCGAGCUUGACGAGCAGGAAGCUCUGGAUGAAUUUGCCAACACAUCAGGGCCAGAAUUCGAUAUCCCUGAAAACUUUGAUGACCAGAUAUCAGUGUUUAGCAGUCUAACGUCAAAUAUGGGAGACUAACGAUAGAGGAUUUGGGUAAUAGAACUAGCUCUACAUUUUUAUGAAAGGUGGAGAAGGUACGUACAGGUUGGAUAGAUAGGCACUACUGCUACUCACUUUCACUAAAGCAAGUAGUAGUAACUUGUGAAUUUAAUGUGUGUGAAAUCUGGAAGAAGCAAGACAUGGUUUUUAUGGCCCAGAACCUAGGUGUGCAAUGCUGAUCACUACUCUUACUAACAGUAUACACUUGAUUAUCAGAGAAUGAAUGAUUUAUGUUUAUAGACACAAGAUCCUUCAGCUGUAUUCUAUAGUAAAGAAAAAUUCAUUCUAUAUAUAUAGUGUGAUUAGGUUUCUGUC